AAGGUUCCAACCCCUCCACCCUUUCACCCCGCACGGCGGCGAUGGAAUCCGACGGCGACGAGGAGGCCGCGGCGACCCCGGGGGCCGCCGGGGCGCCGGCGGCGGGGAGGCUGAAGGGCUGUCCGGAGCUCAUGGUGGACGACGACAUGCGGGAGAUGGCCAAGACGGCCGCCUGGAGCGUCAGCUCCUGCAAGCCCGGCAACGGCGUCGCCUCCCUCCGCGACGACAACCUCGACACCUACUGGCAGUCGGACGGCGCGCAGCCGCACUUGGUGAACAUUCAGUUCCAGAAGAAGGUGCAGCUGCAGCUUGUUGUGCUGUAUGUGGAUUUCAAGCUCGACGAGAGCUAUACGCCUAGCAAGAUCUCUGUCCGGGCCGGCGAUGGCUUCCACAAUCUUAAGGAAAUUAAGACUGUGGAGCUUUCGAAACCAGUUGGUUGGGUUCAUAUAUCAUUAUCUGGAGCUGAUCCCCGAGAAACAUUCAUUCAUACAUUUAUGCUCCAAGUUGCGGUGUUAUCCAAUCACUUGAAUGGGAGGGAUACUCAUGUUCGACAGAUCAAGAUAUAUGGGCCAAGACCGAACCAUGUUCCGCACCAACCAUUUCACUUCACUUCGAGGGAGUUCGUCACGUACUCUACUAUUAGGUGACAAUUGACUAAUUUAAUUCCAUGGAACCCUCCACAUUGGAGCUGUUGUUGAAGAUUGUAGAAAGCUGGGGACACAGACUUCAGGUGCAAACCUUGAUUGCAUGCUUCAGAGUUCAGUCUCGUAUGAUAUGCACCCAGAAAUCACAGUGGAACUCUGGAAGUAGCUGCUUAAGCAUCUAGUCUCUCAUGAACCUUCAAGAGAAUUUGUUGUUUUAAUAUGUAGAGAAUUGAUAUUGAAUUCGUUUGUCUAUACGAGAUAGUACAUUUUACGUCCAUGGAAUGUAACAUUAUUCUUCUGUUGUGUGCAAGAAAUGGUUAUCUUGUAUGCUCAUUUAGAAUUUGAGAUUGAGGACUCGUAAUGAUUGUAUGUUUUUUUGCCUGCUUUCUUUUCGGGUGGCUUCUCUUGCUUACCCAGCCCAACGGAUACUGGGCCGGACUUUGGGGAAGGACGAAAGAAAGGCCA